AUGGUUGAAUUUAUAGGGAGUUUUUAGGAUAAAUAGUUCUUAUAUUUUGUAUGUGAACAUUGCCCUUUUGGAGAUUUAGGAAAUGUAGUAUGGGAUAUUUAUUAGGAAUAUAAAAAGGAUAAAUCUUCAGAUGUCGAAAAUCUUAUUAAAAUUUAUAUUUAUUAAAUAGCAACAGCAAUUAUAUAUUUACAUAAGGAAGGGAUAGCCCAUUUAGAUAUUAAACCAAAAAAUAUAAUUAUUGAUAAAAGUUUUAAUUUAAGAUUAACUGAUUUUGCAACAUGUUAUUUCUUUGAGGAACAUAGAUAACCUCCUGAAUUGAUUGAAUAAAUUAAAAAGUUUUAACAGAAUUAUGUAAAAUCAGUUAAGAGGAUGGAAAAUGAAAUUAGUGAAUAUCGAUCUACUUUUGUUGGAACUCCCGAAUAUAUAUCUCCAGAAAUGUUAAGUAAUAGUAGAGCCUCAAAAGAGGCUGAUUUAUGGGCGCUUGGUUGCAUAAUUUAUGAAGUAAAUAGAUUUUCUAAUUUAGUUUUAUCAUGGGAAAUAACCCUUUUCCAAUAAAAGUGAAAAUGAAGUCUUUAAUAGCAUUUUAUCUCUAAAUUAUGAAUUAGAUAAUAAUUUGUCAGAAGAUGUUUCUGAUUUAAUUAGAUCACUAUUAACUUUGAAUCCUUAAAACCGUUUAGGUUAUGAAGAUUCUGAGUAAAUCCUUACUCAUAAAUAUUUUGAUUCUGUAAGGCAUUAUGUACCAUGGUUGGAUGAUAUUGAAAUUCCAAAUUAAUGUAAGAUACUGUUUUAAGAAAUAAUACCAAGUCAAAGCAAAUCAAGUUUAAUUUAUUAAACUACAUCAACCAAUGUAGAAAUGAAAUAAUAAUUGAUUCGCAGAAGACAAGAUCGAUUGAAAACAAUUAUGGAAGAAUUGGAAGAAACGGCAACACCAGUUCCUAAUAUUUUCAAAAGAACUCAAAAAAUUUCGCAAAAUAUAAAUGCACCAAUAAUAUUUGAAAAAUAAAUUAAUUACUCAUCAAAUAAAUUAGAGAAUGAGAUGUAAUCACCUUCAAGUUUAAAAUAAUUUGAUAAGUCAGUUGGAUUUAUACAAUUAAAUACCAAUAGAUGGUUUUGUAUUCCUUAAAUUGCUAUUUUGUUUGGGUAUCUAAAACCUCCCUGUCUAUUGAUAGAUUUUAUUAAAGGAGAAAAGAAAUAUCUUCCUAUUGAUGAUACAAUAAAGAUUUCAUAAGAUGGAAUUUAUUAUGUAUUAUAUUUUAAUUUAUUAUUUAGAUUUUGGAAUCUUCUCAGUUUUUCUAUAAAUUUAAGGAUGCAGAAGCAAAACCUAUUAAUUGGAUUUAAGUAGUUCAAAAAAUAAAAAAUGAAUAUCUGGGUAAAUGA